CCUGCUUCAAUGUUUGUCGCGCCAUCAGUGACGUCAUUUUGAAGUGCCAGCAGUGAGCGUGUAGAUUUCAGUAAAACAUUUACGUACGUUCAUGGGAUUUGAAGUUUUUAUCCUUCAAAAUGACUGAAUACUGGAAAUCACAGCCGAGGAAGUUCUGUCAGUACUGCAAAUGCUGGAUCGCGGAUAAUAAACCCAGUGUCGAGUUCCACGAGAGAGGAAAGAAUCACAAAGAAAAUGUUGCCGCCAAAAUCGCAGAGAUUAAGAAGAAAAGUGUGGCAAAGGACAAGCAGGAGAAGAAGAUGUCAAAGGAGUUUGCAGCAAUGGAGGAAGCAGCUCUGAAGGCAUAUGAGGAGGAUCUGAAGAGGCUGGCGGGUCAUUCGUCAGGUGAGAGUGUGGCUCCGUCUGUAGCUCCUGCUAAAACGCAGAAAAAACCCAAGAAACUCAAAGCGAGCGUCCCGUCAGGGAGCAGCAGCGGCGAACGCACAGACGUCUGGAUGAGAGGAACCAUGAAUGACGGCCUGGACUAUUUCUACAACACCAUCACUGGAGAGUCUCAGUGGGAAAAACCAGCCGGGUUUGUGGACGAGACCUCAUCAUCAUCAGCAGGACAAAUUCAGGAUCUGUCAGGGGGUGCGUGGAUCGAGGCUGUGAGCCCUGAUGGAUACAUGUACUACUACAACACUGAGACGGGCGAAUCCAGCUGGGAGAAACCGGAUGGUUUCAGUGCAGAGGAAGUUGCUCCUCCUGGUGUUGAUUCUCCUCGUGAGGAGACGCGAGCAGCAGAAGAUCCAUCUCCUCCUCAGCCUGAGUCUGUGUCUGUGUCUGGAGCUGAAGACACGUCCAACCCUCCUAAAGACACUCCAGAACCAGAACCAGAACCAGAACCAGACCAACCCAUACAAACCAGCACCCUGAAGAUCAGUUUCAGGAAGAGAAAAGAAGAGCCGCUCCAAACUUCAGCGGACGACGGAGGAGAGAAAAGCACAGAUGAUGGAGAAAAGAGUGAGGAGAAACGAGAAGAUUCGGCCGUGACUGAUGCAGUGAAGGAGGUCCAGACGCCUGUGAAGAGACCCAGAAAGACCAAUCCAUACGGAGCCUGGGAAAAAAUCCAGCCGCAAAAGGAUCCAUAUGAGAAGGUGGAUCUGCAGCUGCCGCAGGUGGAGAGCGUCGCUCAGACUCCAGUCGACGUCCCUCCGGAGCCCAGGGCCAGAUUCAAGGAGCGCACCAUCACGUCUCUGGGGCCCGAGAGCAGUGCCGGAGCCACGUUCAAGAAGAGGAAGACUGAGAACGGCAAGUCCAGGAGCCUCCGGCAGAGAGACACAGACGAGUAGAAGCUGCUCCACACGAUGAGAAGACGGGGACGAGUCUUCAGUUUUUGCUUUAGAAGUGUAGUAUUUUAUAUAUUGUUGGCAGGUGACAUUUCAACUGCCUUCACCUGCUUCUUUGUGAAUAUUUCCAGGCAUCAGUUUUGUUUCCAGAGGCGAGUGUGUCGUGUGUUUUACAAUAUUUGUGAUAACAGUGUUGUCAUGAAGAAUCAUAGCCAUAGUUUAAUUAGACACUUUCUGUCUUACAGAUGAAUCUGGACUUACAUUGCUCAUCUCAAACCACAUUAAAAACGUUUUGACUGCA